CAACCUUUGUGUCACCUGUGGAAACUGGAAGGCACCUCCUCCUCCAUAGAACACCUGACCGCUGAUGACACCACUGAAAUGUGCGCCAGUGAAAAUUCCUGAGGCGUGUUGGGGACAGGAUGUGAUUUUGGAGCAUGCGCCCAUAAUUAUACACGUAAAGUUCUCUUGUUAUCGUUGGGCUCCUAUUCUCAGGCUCCUGAAUGUUGUCAGCGUGCAGAUGUUGAUGCUUCAUUCGCCGCCAGUGUGUCAGAGAUUUUCUUCUCAAUUCUGCCUGAAAAGACACUGAUCAACUCCUCAAGUGGCUGACUUCAUCUUGAAUAUUGCACCUGUACCACCUGCAUUCAUGGCCCACCCUUACGAGCCCUGGUUAAGGACAGCACCAUCUAGUGGCAACUCUGAAGAAAUGAACAUCCCAUCCUGGUGGGACCUUCACCGCGAUGUGCAAGCUGGCAGUUGGAUAGACCUACAGACUGGGCAAAGUGUUGGCGUCCCCUCAAUGAGUCCUGGCAGCUCUAUGGGACUCCAGCCCUCUUUAGGCCCAUACGGCUCUGACCCACAGCUGUGCACCAUGCCCCCGGCUCAGCAUGCCCCCGCUUCACACUCACCUCACCUCUUCCCUCAGGAUGGCUUCAAGAUGGAGCCGCUUGGACCUGAAAUGCUACAGCAGGAAACCUUCUCAAUGGAGGAACCGCAGGAGACCUCUGUGUCAACUCGGCCCAAGCCCCAGCGUCGUUCAUCCUCUCGGGGAGCCGGGCAGACCUUGUGCCGGUGCCCCAACUGCAUCCACGCCGAGCAGAUGGGCCAGAGCGCCGACGACAGUAGGACGAAGCACAUGCACAAUUGCCACAUCCCUGGAUGUGGCAAAGCCUAUGCUAAAACGUCCCACCUGAAAGCUCACCUGCGCUGGCAUAGCGGGGACCGGCCAUUUGUCUGCAACUGGCUCUUCUGCGGCAAGAGAUUCACACGCUCUGAUGAACUGCAGCGCCACUUGCAGACACACACCGGUGCCAAAAAGUUUAGCUGUGCUUUGUGUCCCCGAGUGUUUAUGCGUAACGACCACCUGGCCAAGCACAUGCGCACCCAUGAGUCUCCACCGGGACACGGGGAGGAGAGGGUAAAUGGGGAUGGAAGGAUGGAUAAGGGCUUUAAUGCACCCACACCUCCACAGUCAUCAUCAAAUGCAUCUGACAGCACAGAGCCUCAGCUGAAGUUGAAAUGUGAGACAGACCCUCCGGUUUCCAGCGUGACAGGGCAGUCUGGCUAACUUCAUCACUUUCAGGAGAUGUUGGGUAGUAAGAGGGUUCACCCCUAUCUGUCACAGAGGAGGCCUAGUUUUACAAUAGUCUAGAGAAUAGAAGAUUGGUUUGGAAACACUUUCACAGAUGAAAGCUAGAUGGAACAAAAAUAUGCAACUCCAGUGGUAGUGAUAGUAGGGAUGCUACAGAACACAGGAAACACGGGGUUGUAUGCAUUCUGCAGCUAAAACUCUAUGUAGUUUUUAAAAGGAGUCAAAAGGAGAGCAGAAGGUGCAGUGUGCUGCUAGAACUUCCAGCAGACAAGAGGAAGGGCAUAAAUUCUGCUGAAAAAAGAUGUUUACAUGAAACCUGUUGAACAUAUUACUGAAAGUGAGGAGCAGGUUUGUUUCCACUUUUUUAAAAAGGAGAGACAAUGAUGAUAAUUUUGAAUUUAAUCUUCUUACAAUAUAAGUGCAGCCUACUAUACGGUGAGAUAAAACAAAGCUUUCUCUUUUCUGUAAGGUUGAGAGUCAAUUUUGUGUUGUAUUGUGAUAAUAUAAUAUAAUAUAAUAUAAUAUAAUAUAAUAUAAUAUAAUAUAAUAUAAUAUAAUAUAAUAUAAAGAAGUGCAUUAAAGUGCUUUUGUAAAAGUAAAUUUCUCUGUAGUGACCACUGAAGUCUCUCAGCCAAGAUUUAGGUCAGUACUUUGACUGGGCCAUUCUAGCACAUGGAUAUUCUUUGAUCUGAACCAUUCCAUUGUAGCUCUGGCUGUCUGUUAAGAGCUGUAGACCUGCUGGAAGGUGAACCUCCAUCCCCGUUUCAAGUCUUUUGCUUCUUCUAGGGAUUCUUACAGCAUGAUUCUGCCAGCAUCAUGUUUCAAUGUGGGGAUUGUGAAUUAAAGGUGAUGUGAAGUCUUAGUUUUCCGCCCAUACAUAUGUUUUAAAUCUUGGGCAAAAUGUUUAGUUUUCGUCUUAUCUGACCAAAACCCCUUCUUCCAUGUUUGUUCCUACAUUGCCUGUGGCAUGCGCGGACCUUUUAAGCCUUUUUAAGCCACAUUCAUCCUUGAGCUGUCUGCUGUGUUCCUUUGUCUUCAUGAUGCUGUUUGUUCACUCAGCAUCAUGUGAGUGAACAAACAUAAGAGGUUUGUUAAACCUCUGAGAUUAAAUUACAUACAGGUGGACACUGUCUACUAAAAGAAGUGUGAAAGCAGUUGUUUAUACUGGAAUUCAUUUAGAGAAUCAGAAAAAUGGGGUAAGAAUUCAAUUGUGCUCCACACUUUCCAGAUUUUACAAAAGUAAAACAUUUUAAAACCAGGCAUCAUGUUCCUUGUCUUUCACAAUUGCACACUAGUUUGUGUUGGUCACUUCAAAUAGUCAUUGUAUAUAUAACAGUUUGGGAAUUUUAUGUACUACAACAGCUAAUAUUUACCAAAAAGAAUUUUACCAAUGAUUGGUGGUAAAAGAUUUGAGAACAGGAGAAUGUGAACAGGUGCUCAAGAUGAAACAAACCAAAAACGAAGAACCACUUCAGCAACGUGAAAAAGCCAAAACCCCUAAAAUCACAACAAACUGAAACAGAAAAACAAGUGAUGAGAGCUACUGAGGCUCCUGUCAAAGGGCGACAACAAGGAGAAAGAAAACAAGACAUGGACAGAAAGGUGUCAUCUGGUUAGAUGAAUUCGGGUUUCUGUUGUGACAUGCUCAGGGACAGCAGACACAUCUGGAAGCAGAACAUAAAAACACACCAACCACUCAGAUCCGUCUUGUAGACAAUACAGGUUGCAGGUACUGACAGACAUGUCCAGCAUGAAGAAACACAAUAUUUUAUGCUCCACUUGACAUUGGAUGAAGUGGUUGUGUGCAGUGUAAAAGUGCUGCUGUGCCACAUGUUGAGAGCUAUCACCCAUCUCCUCUGCACUUUGUUUUAGUAUCUAUCAGUCCAUUUUGUCUCUGAUUUACUGGUUUAGAGCCUCCCUGCUCAGUUGAUGUUCUUAUAUUUAUAUUUAAAAACGAAUUAAUGGCUUGUAGCUCCACAUUAAAAAACAACAAGCAGUACUGGCAGCCCUGUCAUGAUAUAGCACCACUCACAAAACCUGACAGAGGACUUAGUUGGAGAUUUAAAUGAAAGGAAAAGCAUGAUGUUGGAAUGAAACCCUUUUUGGAACAAAGCAUAUUUCAGAUCAGUUAGAAAAUGGGAUUUUGUUUUCAGGAGCUCCAUAUAUAUUUAUUGACAAGUUUGUUGGAAAAAUAAAAGUUUUUUUUUUUAAUGUUAUUCUUGCAAUUCCGCUGCCCCCUACAGGUCACAGAUGGACAAACACAGAACAUCUGAUGCCUUUUCUAUUUCUGGAAUUGAACAAUUGCAAAAAAAAGUUUAGUUAUUUUGAGUAGAUGAGUUUAAAUAUCAAUAUUUUAUGAUCAGUAGUUGUGUAGCGAGCCGAGCGAGCAGCUUUAUAGGAUGUGUGCAAACCAUCACAAACUUCAGGCAGAUUUCUACAUUUUAGGGAGCUUUUAAUGAUCAGAGACUCACGAUUGUUGUAUUUAUGUAUAGAAAAAAAGUUAGAAGAAAAGGCUUAAACAUUAGUCAAUUAUUGUUCAUUGGCUAGUAUUAAUGCUAUUAUUGAUGUUUUUAUAGAUAGACUUAUUUCAUUUUAUAGACAACAUCUAGUGGUUGCUGUAGUUGAUGUAAUAGUUUUUGGACACUGUAAUAGAAUAACUUAAACACCAUGUGUAAUAAUUUGUAGUUAAUCAAUUAUUGUCACUUAUGAAUAAAAUUGAUGAAGAAAUA